CAACAGAAGAGAAUUCUAGAGAGAUAAAGCAUAAAAAGCAAGAGAGAGAGAAAGAAUAGAGAUUUUCGUUGUUUCUUUUAAUUUGUCUCACAUUCCAACACAUUCUACUCUUCUUCUUCACUCUCCCCUUCCCUCUCUCUUUCUCACUUGUUGCCCGUUGUGAACACAAAAUUCUCCUAUUUCUCUCCAUUUUUUGCUCUCAAAACUCCACAGUUGCUUCAAAUUCUUGUUACUAAAUGCGUCUACAAUGUUGUAAUUAAUAUGAGCAGAGUGCGCUAUUGCAAACCACACCUCCAUCUUCGGGAAUGAAUCCCACAACUAUAGACCCAACCCAACCACCACCACAGCCACCUCAGCAAACACAACCACCACGUUCCUCUUUCAGCUGUGACAAACACCCACAUGAACAAUUCACUGGUUUUUGCCCUGAAUGUCUCUGUGAACGUCUGACCACCUUAGACAAUAAUAGUAAUAAUAAUCCUUCUUCUUCUUCUCGUCGUCCUUCUACUUCUUCUAUUAAAUCCCUUUUCUCAAAACCCGCUAAACCCGCUUCUUUUUUCCCCGAGCUUCGUAGGACUAAGUCCUUUUCUGCCUCGAAAAACGAGGCGUUGGAAUUUGUUAAAGCAUCUGCUUUAGAACCCCAAAGGAAGUCAUGUGAUGUUAGGGGUCGUAAUACCCUUUGGUCUUUGUUUUCCAUAGACGACGAGACAAAAAGCACUGGUAAACCCAAGCCCACUUGUUCACAAAAUGCGAAUAAUGAAGACUCUGGUUUUGUUGGUGUACCAGUUAAAGAAGAAGAAGAAGAGGAACCUGAAAAUGUGGUUGAUGAAAUAACAUCCCCAGUGGAUAACGAGUUGGAACCAGAGAUUGUAGUAGAAGAUGUGCAUGCUGAUAUAUUAAAGCCGAGGAAAGAUCAUAUAGAUCUUGAUUCGCAGACAAAAAAGGCGGCCAAAAAGGAAAGGUUUUGGUCAGCUGCAUCUGUUUUUAGCAAGAAAUGGCAAAACUGGAGGAAAAAACACAAGUUAAAGAAGAGAAACAAUGGCGAAAACUCGGGUAAUUUCAAUUUACCCGUAUCAAAGCCAAUUUCAAGGCGUUAUAAUAAUAGGGAUACACAAUCAGAGAUAGCAGAUUAUGGUUUUGGUAGAAGGUCUUGUGAUACUGAUCCUCGGUUUUCGCUUGAUGCUGGAAGGAUAAGUUUUGAUGAUCCGAGGUAUUCUUUCGAUGAACCUCGUGCUUCUUGGGAUGGUUAUUUGAUUGGUAAUGGUAGGAGUAACUUUCCAAGAAUGCCACCAAUGGUUAGUCUUAUUGAAGAUGCCCCAAUUGUUCAAAUUCCGCGGUUUGAUGGUCAAAUACCGGUUGAAGAACCGCGUUUUUCAGUGACUUCUAUCAAUGAGGAUGAACCUGGAGGGUCUACUCAGACAAAAGAGUAUUACUCGGAUUCGUCUUCGAGGAGAAGGAAGAGUCUUGAUAGGUCUAAUUCAAUUAGGAAGACUGCAGCUGCUGUUGUUGCAGAAAUUGAUAAUGCUAAAGUAUUGCCUGCUAUGGUUGGUGAUCAAUUUCUUGGAGCUAAAGUGUUGGUUGGUGGUGAGAGGGAUUUGAAUUCGAAUUCCAAUUCCAAUUCUUUAAGAGAUGACUGUUCUGAGACUUUUGAAUUGACAGGUUUUAGGGAUAAUGGUGGUUCAAUGAAUGGAAAUGGGGAGCGAAAGGAGUCGAAAAAGUCGAAACGAUGGGCGUGGAAUUUAUGGGGGUUUAUACAUAGGAGAGUUAGUGGGAACAAAGAGAACGAGGAAGAUGAUAGAUAUAGUAGAUCGAUUAACGGAGUGGAGAGGUCGUUUUCGGAAUCUUGGCAAGAUUUGAGGACUAACGGUGAUGUAAGAGGUGGUAGUAUUAAUAGGAAGGUUUUCAGGAGUAAUAGCAGUGUGAACUGGAGAAACUCGAACGGUAUUGGUGGCUCAUUUGGUGGGAGUGUGAGGAAAUCGGGUGUUGAGAUGAAUGGGGGGAAUGCAAAGAAGAAAAGAGAUGAUUUUGUGUUGGAGAGGAAUCGGAGCGCUAGGUAUUCACCUACUAAUCAUAUUGAUAAUGGACUAUUGCGGUUCUACUUGACACCUAUGAGAGGCAGCCGGAGAGGUUUACCGGGAAAAAGUAGGCCAAAUGGCUCACACUCAAUCGCGAGGAGCUUACUUCGCCUGUACUGAGAUACAAGGAACGAGUUCAAGGCCGAGGACGUACUACUAGUCGUUUAGUUUUCUUGUUAACAAGAUUGUCGACAUUGUCACUGCAGAAAAACCGUUUUUUCAAGUUUCAACAUGCACUUGUUGGUAACAGGCUGAAGCUCCACUCAGAGGUAUCAAGCAAAUUUCUGCAGAGUAUUGAUUGGCAAAGAAAGAACAAUCUAAUUAUUGUGAACAAGUGGAUUAUGAAAACUCUACCUUGAAACUUUGUUUAGAAACUGGAGCAACACUGCUGCUAAAGCUUCAAAUAGGGGAUUCUGUAAAAAAUCCUGCAUAUUGUUCCCUUCGGUGACAGCUAGCUUGCAUGUAUAAAUGUUGACUUAAUAGGGAUAUGUAGUGUCUACUCCUCUUAGUCCAGAAGAGUUGAGUUUUUCUUGCUUUCUUAAUUGGGGUCUGUAAUCUUUCAUUGGUAUUGGUUGGUUAGAAAUGAAAAAGAGAAAUUGGUGGA